GUAUCCAGCUCACAUAGAAGACAUUGACUACGAAGAAGGAAAAGUACUCAUCCAUUUCAAGCGUUGGAACCAUCGUUAUGAUGAAUGGUUCUGUUGGGACAGUCCUUAUUUACGCCCUUUAGAGAAAAUACAGCUGAGGAAAGAGGGCUUGCAUGAAGAGGAUGGAUCUUCUGAAUUUCAAAUAAACGAGCAAGUGCUUGCUUGCUGGACUGAUUGUCGCUUUUAUCCAGCCAAAGUCACUGCUGUUAACAAGGAUGGUACUUACACUGUGAAAUUUUAUGAUGGAGUAGUUCAGACUGUCAAACAUAUUCAUGUCAAAGCUUUUUCCAAAGAUCAGAAUAUUGUGGGUAAUGCUAGGCCUAAGGAAACAGAUCCCAAAAGUCUUCCAUCAUCUCCUGAUAAACGAGAGAAGUUUAAAGAGCAGAGAAAAGCUACAGUCAAUGUGAAGAAAGACAAAGAGGACAAAGCCUUAAAGACAGAAAAGCGGCCCAAGCAGCCUGACAAAGAAGGAAAGUUAAUCUGUUCUGAAAAAGGGAAAGUGUCAGAGAAAAGUCUUCCCAAGAACGAGAAGGAAGAUAAGGAGAACAUUUCAGAAAACGACAGGGAGUACUCUGGAGAUGCCCAAGUGGAUAAGAAGCCUGAAAAUGACAUUGUGAAGAGUCCACAAGAGAACUUGAGGGAGCCAAAAAGAAAACGAGGCAGACCCCCUUCCAUAGCUCCUGCUGCUGUGGAUUCAAACUCUCAAACUUUGCAACCAAUAACAUUGGAAUUGAGAAGACGAAAAAUAUCAAAAGGAAGUGACAUCCCAUUAAAACGUCCUAGGCUUGACAAAAAUUCAUCUCAGGAAAAGUCAAAAACCUGCUCUGAAAACACUGACAAAGACUUAUCCAGGAGACGGUCCUCCAGGCUGUCCACUAAUGGGACCCACGAGAUUCUAGAUCCUGACUUGGUUGUACCAGAUUUGGUUGAUACAGAUCCUUUGCAAGACACAUCAUCUAGUACCAAGGAAUCCAAAGAAGGUCAGUUGAAAUCUUUGGAAGCUGGCCAGGUCUCAUCUACGCUAACUUGCCCCUCCUUUGGGGAUGGAUUGGGGGCUGCAGGCUUGGAGUUGAACUGCAAGUCCAUGGGAGAAAACACUAUGAAAACAGAACCAGAAUCUCCCCUUGCUGACCUACAAGAGGUUUCUACUGUGGAAGUACCAAAUACUUAUAAGAAAACAGAUGAUUUUGUGACAUCUAACGUCCCAGCUGUCGACCUAGACCACAAGUUCAGAUGCAAGGUUGUGGACUGUUUAAAAUUUUUCCGCAAAGCUAAGCUGUUGCACUAUCACAUGAAGUAUUUCCAUGGCAUGGAGAAGUCUCUUGAGCCAGAGGAGAGCCCAGGCAAGAGGCAUGUGCAAACGAGGGGCUCUUCAGCAUCGGACAAGGGCAGCCAGGAGAGCCUGACCAGGAAACGGGUCUCUGCCAGCUCCCCAACUGCAAAAGACAAGGAAAAGAAUAAAGAAAAGAAAUUUAAAGAGUUUGUGAGAGUGAAGCCAAAGAAGAAAAAGAAAAAGAAAAAGAAAACUAAACCUGAAUGCCCCUGCAGUGAAGAGAUAAGUGAUACCUCCCAGGAACCUUCUCCACCCAAGGCAUUUGCUGUCACUAGGUGUGGGUCCUCACACAAGCCUGGCAUCCAUAUGAGCCCACAGCUCCAUGGCUCGGAAUCUGGAAACCACAAAGGGAAACUGAAAGCAUCCGAGGAGGAUAAUUUGAGUGAGUCCUCUUCUGAGAGCUUUCUCUGGAGUGAUGAUGAGUAUGGCCAGGAUGUUGAUGUGACCACCAACCCAGAUGAAGAGCUCGAUGGGGAUGACCGCUAUGAUUUCGAGGUGGUACGUUGUAUCUGUGAAGUCCAGGAGGAAAAUGACUUCAUGAUUCAGUGUGAAGAGUGCCAGUGCUGGCAGCAUGGGGUCUGCAUGGGAUUACUGGAAGAAAAUGUGCCCGAGAAAUACACCUGUUAUGUUUGCCAAGACCCUCCAGGUCAGAGGCCCGGCUUCAAGUACUGGUAUGACAAGGAGUGGUUGAGCAGGGGACAUAUGCAUGGCCUAGCAUUUCUAGAAGAGAACUACUCCCAUCAGAAUGCUAAGAAGAUUGUGGCCACGCACCAGCUUCUUGGCGAUGUGCAGAGAGUGAUUGAGGUUCUACACGGCCUGCAGCUCAAGAUGAGCAUCUUGCAAAGCAGGGAACACCCCGAUCUACAGCUGUGGUGCCAGCCUUGGAAACAGCACUCAGGGGAAGGGAGAACUCAUUCCAGACACAUCCAUGUCAUGGACGCCAGGAGCAAGGAGGAAGCCCCAAGCUAUAGAACUUUGAAUGGGGCUGUGGAAAAGCCCCUGCCCUUGCCCCAGUCUGUGGAGGAGUCCUAUAUCACCAGCGAGCACUGCUACCAGAAACCCCGAGCCUAUUACCCUGCUAUGGAACAGAAGCUGGUGGUGGAGACACGGGGCUCUGCUCUGGAUGAUGCAGUCAAUCCCCUCCGUGAGAAUGGUGAUGAUUCCCUCUCCCCUCGCCUGGGCUGGCCUCUAGACCAAGACAGGAGCAGAGGGGAUGGUGAACCCAAACCCAGUUCCCCAAAGGUGAGGGACUAUAUCUCCAAAAAGGUCCUGCCGGAGGAAUCCCCUACUCGGAGACUGCUUGACAGAGGCGGAGAGGGGCUGCUGAGUUCCCAGCACCAGUGGCAGUUUAACCUGCUGACACAUGUGGAGUCCCUUCAGGAUGAAGUCACACACCGGAUGGACUCCAUUGAGAAGGAGCUGGAUGUGUUGGAGAGCUGGCUGGACUACACUGGGGAACUGGAGCCCCCGGAGCCACUGGCCAGGUUGCCACAGCUCAAGCAUUGCAUCAAGCAGCUGCUGACGGACCUGGGCAAGGUGCAGCAGAUUGCCCUCUGCUGCUCAACAUGAAAUUGGGCACCUAAGACUAACGGGGGCACAAUCCUGGGGCACCUGCAGGAGGAGCUUUGCAUAUUUAAAUAAAUAAACCUAGCAUGCCGAAUGCACGUGAUACCGACUUCAGGGAUCUGGCCAGGAGUGUGGUGGAUAUUGAACAAAGAGGCCAUUUUGGCUGCUGAGAACAGGGCACACUGAUCUCUGGAAGCUGACCAAGAAGGCAACAAAUGGAGUCUCGGGAUUCCCUUCUUCUGUGCACAUCAUUGAAUGAAGAGGAUCUUUGCACAAACUUCACUUGAAAUCGUGCCACUGAUGGUAAAUGGAAUGAGAGCCAAAAAAGUUUAGUUGGAAACAGUUGUAAAUUCAAUUUCCAUUUUAUUUAAUUAACUUUCCAGUCAAGUUGGAGCACAUGCCAACCCUUCUGGUUUCUGCCUGGCCUGGUGUUUAGGCAGCAGGCAUCAUUUUCAUUUUCCAGCUUCAGAGGAAUGUUGGGACAGCUCCACAGAGCUGUGGACAUGGGGAAGGAGCAGAGGCCUCAACUGCCCUGCCUUCUUCUUAGGACUCAUCACUUUUCACAGCAUAUCUCUUGCAUGAAUUCAUGGUACCGUGGACAAGUUUUGUAUGCUUUUCACCUCAGAAUUGGCUGGGUGUAGCUUUUGUUGCAGAGCCCAUUCAGCUGGUGGAGGAGCUAGAAUCUUGCUGUAAUAAGAAUCUAGAAGGAAUUCCAAACUGAAGCAGGCAGGGUCUGGAACCCAAAGGACAGCAUUUUCUACCAAUUCUUAAUAUUGACAGCUUCCCAGUUCUAUUUAAAGCCCUCAAAAAAUGUUUUCCAAAAUUUCAAACUCUUUCACUAUAAAAAUGUUACAAAGAAUGUGGUUUAGGGAAUUAUUUUAUAUUGUUUUCAACAAACUUCAGUGCCGCUUUCCUCCUUCCCUGAAGGUUACGUUUAGUAGUUGACAUUUUCAGAAUUGCUAAUAUACUUUUAACAAUUUAAACUUCCUGUUUGUAUUACUUUGUGAGAUCAAGGUGAUUAUGCUGCUUAAGGUCCAGGUACAACCUAUUUGUACCUUCUGAGACAAUAUUUGUGUUACUUUUUAGGUUACAGUUCCACGUGUAAUUGCUAUAUUGUUUUUUUUUUUUUAAACUAGACAAAGUUAAAGAAAAUGUUCCAUGCUUUGAAGGGUGGCCCAUUUUACUAGUUUCAUUAUCACUAAAGGCAAAAACGUCAAAGCACAGUUAUCCAUUAACACAAGUUAAUUAUGGGUUUAUGAAUCUGUAAUGUUAUAUGCUGCAAAUAUUUACUAUGUAAAAGUGAAGUAGCCAGUAUCUCAAUAGCAAUGACGGUAUCUUCAGUGACCUUAGGGAUGGUUAGGCUUAAGGCACAGGUCAUUGUGGUCAUGA